CAGCUAUAUAACGAGGGACAAUUGUAGGCGGGGAUUGUAGUUCAAACCGUCCGUCGGUGUACUGUGGCGUGCCCAUUUUUUUAAAAAGAAAUUAGCUUCUGAGCUCCAAGCGGCCCGAAACUAUUCAACGGCAAAAACAUGGCUGGAGGCAAGGCGGGCAAAGACUCCGGAAAGACGAAGACGAAGGCGAUUUCGCGCUCUCAGCGAGCCGGAUUGCAGUUCCCGGUGGGUCGUAUCCACAGGCACCUCAAGUCCAGGACUACCAGUCACGGCAGGGUUGGCGCCACUGCAGCCGUGUACAGUGCGGCAAUUCUUGAAUACCUCACCGCCGAGGUUCUGGAGCUGGCCGGGAACGCUUCCAAAGAUCUGAAAGUAAAGCGCAUCACGCCUCGUCACUUACAGCUGGCCAUCCGAGGAGACGAAGAGCUGGAUUCCCUCAUCAAAGCCACCAUCGCCGGCGGAGGUGUGAUCCCGCACAUCCACAAAUCGCUGAUUGGAAAGAAGGGCCAGCAGAAGACCGUAUAACGGGGCUGCGGGAGGGCAAGUCCUCUAGAAGUUGUGCCAUCUCAGGACGACGUCUGCAUCGCGCCGCUUUUCCUCGUCUUUAGUAGAACACCUGUUAGGAGACUAUUUGGUUGGAGCUUGCAUAUACUCACCUGGGUUUUUUUUUCUUCUUUUAAAGUGGCUUCAAAGAAGCUGUUUUUUUUUGUUUUGUAUUUUGUUCCUGGUGCUGCAGUCCCUAUUAAUUUGCUUUUUUUUUUUUUUUUGUGGCAUUCCCUUGUUCAAGUGGUGUUUUAAUAAAGCUCUUAAGGGCGAUG